UAACGAUGGGGUUGAAUAACUGAACGCAGAUGACAAACUAAAUCUGUGGCGGUCCUCGAGUGAAUUCGUAGUGCAAAAAUCUAGCAAGUAGGCAAAGUGUAGAAUUUCCGGUUUUUGUUUCCUUAAACGCGCAGCUCUGAAAGUGACUCGAGCAGCAAAAUGGCGAGAGAAAAUAAAGAGGAUGCUGUGGUUAUUGAUGAGGCGCUAGAAAGAACGGGUUAUGGCAAAUUUAACAUACUCGUAAUUUUAUUUUCCGGCUUCGUGCUCAACAAUGUCGUGCUCGAAUCGGUGGGCGUUAGCUUUGCACUGCCCGUCUUAGAGUGUGACCUGAAUCUAUCGCACCGGGAGCAGGGCAUAUUAGGCGCUGUAGCCUUCGCCGGUGUCAUUACGAGUUCACACUUUUGGGGAUUUCUAGCCGAUACCACAGGUCGCAAGCGGAUAAUGCAACCGGCAUUGCUCAUGGGCUUUUUUAUUACGGCACUCUCAAGUUUGUCGCCAAAUUUCAUAACCUUCGCUGUGCUGCGAUUUUUAAAUGGCAUACUACUUUCCGCCGGUUCCGCGACGAUUUUCGCUUACCUCGGAGAGUUUCAUUGCCAAAAAUAUCGCAGUGGCGCAAUGUUAGGCAGUGCUUUGGUAAGUGCAGUCGUCUCAAUAUUCUUCCCCGUCAUCGCCUGGCUAUUCAUCAAUCAAAACUGGGAAUUCCACGUGCCCUUCAUUAACAUAGUUUUCAAACCAUGGCGUUCUUACUUCUUGGCCUGCGGUGUGCCCGGAUUUAUUUGUGGUUUGUCAAUGUUUUUCCUGCCAGAGAGUCCGAAGUAUCUGCUAACUGCCGGCAGGCCUGAAGAAGCUAUAGAAGUCUUGAAGCGUAUGCAUAAGAUAAAUCUUAAGAGCAAGGACCGUGACAACACAUACAAGGUUACCACCUUACUACCGGACGCCGACACGCCAAUGGCAAAAGCGAAGGGUUUAGAAAAGGACAAAUCUCUACUGACAUCCAUACUGAAGUCCAUGUGGCAACAGACCGCACCACUUUUCAUGCGCGAGCACUUGAGGAAAACUCUUCUGUGUAGCCUAAUAUUAUAUAUAUUAUUCUUUAGCGCGCACGGCGUCUACAUGUGGUUCCCGUAUAUUCUAAAUAACACCAUGCAAUAUACGGAAAAGUUUACCGAGCCUUUGCGCAUUUGUGACAUUAUCAAAUUCGUACGUUCGGGAAAUCUUACUGGUGUGGAAGCAGUUCAUGGACAGACUGAAGAGUGUGCAAUGCAUUUGGAAUUAUCAACAUACAUGCAUACCAUAUUCCUGGAAAUUAUAUAUGUAUCGCUGCUACUGACCAUUAUGUUUGUCAUUAAUCGAGUUGGACGAAAGCCAAUGCUUUUUAUAAUCCUUUUUGUUUGUGGAACUUGUGGCAUUCUGGCCUUUACCAUAAAAAUACCGUUGCUGGCCAUUUAUCUCUUCGUCAUUCAGCUUUCCUGCGGUCUUGGUACAACGGUGCUCAAUGCCAUUUCUGUCGAAAUAUUCCCUACAAAUUUAAGGGGUAUGGCCGUUUGCAUAUCUCUGAUGAUCGGACGUAUUGGCAGCGUGUCGGGAUCCAAUAUUUUGGGUUUACUCAUUGAAACACAUUGCGAGCUGGCGCUUUAUAGCCCAGCGGUGGCACUAAUCAUUGCCGGCGCUUUAGGGUUCCUUUUGCCAAGUUCCAACAAUACCGUUGCUAAACCGAAGGAUCUGGAAAAUUCUUCAUAACAUACCUGUUAAAUCAAACUGAAAGUUGAUUUUUUAACAUAUAGUAAAAUGCAAAUGUUGUUUGAAAUAAAUUAAUUUAAGUA